AUGGAAGGAAGAAGGAUCAUAGCAAACCCUAGACCUUGCAGCGGUAGGAGAGUUUCAGCGAAGAAGAGAACUCGUCCCGAUGGAUUCAUCAACAGCGUCAAAAAGCUUCAACGCAGAGAAAUCUCGUCCCGUAUGGAUCGAGGUUUCUCCAUUAGCACCGCUCAGGAGCGAUUCCGCAAUAUGCGUCUCGUGGAGCAUUACGAUACGCACGAUCCCAAAGGGUACGCAUUACCCUUCUUGAUGAAACGAACGAGAGUCAUCGAGAUUGUGGCUGCGAGAGACAUUGUCUUUGCGCUUGCUCAUUCUGGUGUUUGCGCAGCUUUCAGCAGAGAGACGAACAAAAGGGUUUGCUUUUUGAAUGUUAGCCCUGAUGAAGUCAUCCGGAGCUUGUUCUACAACAAGAACAAUGACUCUCUCAUCACUGUUUCUGUUUACGCCUCUCUUUGA